UGUAAGUUGACAGACCCAGAGAUUUAUACUGAGCCACUUCCUAAAAGCUGAUUCUCAUUACCUGGCAAGUGAACUAUCAAGGAAAAAAAAAAAAAAAAAAGAAAGAAAAAAGAAAGAAAGAAAAAAAAAAGGCAGGAGUGUAAAACAGCCUUAGCAGACAUGACGUUGCCCUCAACUUCAAACCAGGAGCUGCUAGGUUUGGCUUGCAAGUAAGAGAAGAAACCUCACUGUUUACUUGCUUAGCCACUUGCCUGACCACACAGUGCUUAGUUACAAGAUACAAACAAAGCAAUAGAAAGAAAGGAAGAAAGGGGGAAAGAAGGAGAGAAGACAGAAGGUAAGAAAGAGAAAGAGAGAAAAAUCCAAGAAACAGAAGUCCAAUCAAGACCUGAAUAUGUUUAAUAUUAUAUUUACAACUAUUAUGGUCUAAACAAUCAUUAUUGGGCAAAAACAUAGAAGAUUAGAGACCAUUCUGGAUGCGGCAUCUGUCCAACUUGUACAGUAUCUACUGCAGCAGGCAUGAGCACUUCCUGUGUGACAUUGGCCGAGGUCCUGUGGGCAAAAGGAAGCCCUCUGGAGGAAGAAGAAAUAUGGGCACUCCUGUACCUGUCCACAGUGCAGCUUCUGGAGGAUCUUCACAAAGACCCUGCCAUCUGUGUGAUUUGCCCAUGGUCAGUACUACUGUCUGCUGAAGGAAAUUUGUUUUUCCAAAACAAUGCAUCUCAGACAGAAGCUGCCCCUUUCAGUCCACCAGAAUUGCUCCACCACCCAAGUAAAAACCAGCACUUUGGACUAACAAAGAUGCUGGUAUAUUCCUUAGGAAUGACCCUCUAUUGGUCAGCAGAUUACCAGGUUCCUCCAAACCAGUCCCUCCAGCUGAGUGACCAACUACAUACACUCCUGCUGACAAUGUGUGAAGAUCUGCCACACAGAAGACUUUCUCCUGAAUCCAUUCUGGAAGCAUGUGAAGCACAUCAGAAGGAAUCUGCUUCCUUACCAGCAAAAUUCUACAUAAAGAGAAUGGUUCAGUUUGCUGUGGGAAGUGUCAGCGAGACAGAGCAGGUGGUCACUGAAGACAGCACAGCCUCUCAGCUGAACAGAAGUCACGUGAUAAGGAAAAGACUGCAUGAAAAAAUAUUGGACACCUCAACACUGGCAUCCCAGAUGAAUUUUCACCAAGACAAAGGGCCCAGAUUAAUGAACUAUAGUCAGUCAACAGAAGAUUACAGACAACUCUCUGUGGAUUAUAGUGACUCUAAUAGUAUUUCUGAAAGUACAUCUUUGAUACUGUCUAACCGAGGACAUAGGAGAGGAAAAGUUCCAGAGACACACAGAUCAUGUGACACCACACUUAGUGGGUCAAGGACAGAAAGUAGCUACAAGCUCUUCAUAAACAGGUCGGUGAGUGCUGUAGAAGAAAUCCCUGGUGGAACUCAGAAGAACAGCCGACAGAACCUGCUAAGCUUGGGCUCCACCUUCUCUGUGUCCACAAAGGACUACUCAGCAGCUGCUGCAUCACAGAAAUGUUUGUUCCACAGGAAGGAAAAGUUUUCAGGUCCAGAAUUUGUUAUUUUGUCCAGUGAACCACCAGUGACCUUACAGCUGCCUGGAUCAAUUGUGACUAAAAAAGGGAAAUCCUAUUUGUCCCAAAGGGAUCUCAAUGUGAUUCUACUCAAUGGGCAGUGCCUUGAGGUGCAAUGUGACAUCAAGACCAAGGCAAGAGAUGUUUUCAACACUGUGGUGGCAUAUGCAAACUUGGUGGAACAUUUCUACUUUGGCUUGGCUUACCUGAAAGGUAAAGAAUUCUUCUUUUUGGAUGAGGAGACCAAACUCUACAAAGUGGCCCCAGAUGGCUGGAAUGACCAACCUAAGAAGAAAAUGUCCAUCAUUAAUUUCACUCUCUUUCUAAGGAUAAAAUUCUUUGUCAACCACUUUAAUGUUAUUCAGCAUGGCUUGACAAGGCAUCAGUUUUACCUGCAGCUUCGUAAAGAUAUUUUGGAGGAGCGAUUAUAUUGCAGUGAUGAGACUGCCCUGAAACUCGGCGCCUUGGCUUUACAGGCAGAGCUUGGCAAUUAUGCUUCUGAGAUGCAUGGAAAGAGCUAUUUUCGUGUUGAAGACUACGUUCCAGCCAGUCGAAUAGAGAAAAUGACCCUGGCAUAUGUACAGCGAGAGCUUGCUAAAUUACAUCGGAUGAAUCGCUCCCUGUUUGAGGAUGAAGCUGAACUAGAGUUUUUAAAGGUGACUCAGCAGCUUCCGGAAUAUGGAGUGUUAUUCUAUCGUGUGUCCCAAGAGAAGAAAGGGACAGAAGGGGACAUCAUCCUGGGAAUCUGUGCCAAAGGCAUCAUUGUCUAUGAAAACAAAAAUCACACAAGAAUUGCCAGUUUAAGAUUCCAGUGGCGUGAAACAGAGAGAAUUUCAGCUCACAGAAAAAAAUUCAUGAUUGAAAGCAGCUUCAGUGGUAAGAAACACACCUUCAUUACUGAUACAGCAAAGACAUGUAAAUACCUACUGGACCUCUGUUCUGCCCAGCACAAAUUCAAUGCACAGAUGAAUUCCAGGCAACUUCGUCAAACUUCAUCAGAGGACAGUAAAUUUGUGGAAAUAGACAAAUCAAAUUCUGCAUAUGCAGCUCAGCGUGAGCACCUUGCCCUUAUUCAGAGACUGUCUCGCUCAGAGAAUGUGCUCUAUGGAGCAAACCUGGAAAACCUUUCUGCUGGGAUGAUGAGCAAAUCUUGUGAUAACCUCAGCGUGGAAACCAACAACAGGACUAGACACAAAAGCAAUCUUGGCAGAUCUGUAUCAGGGCUAUCCCAGUCGGAAAUGCACAUCAAUUUGAAUGGAAAGCAAAGGAGUUAUGACUUCCUCUCUAUCCAUUCAACUCAGAACACCAUCAGUGCACCUGGAUCACCAGCCUUCCAAAAGGAAGUUUCGCUAAGUGGUCUAGAAAGAGAAAUCAUAUGUGUGAGCCUAAGACGUGACCCUAAGAAUGGAUUUGGUUUUGUAAUUAUUGGAGGAGAAAAUGUAGGAAAAUUAGACCUUGGUAUCUUUAUCGCUUCAAUUAUCCCUGGGGGACCUGCAGACAGAGCUGGAAAUAUCAAACCAGGAGGACGACUCAUCUCUGUGAAUAAUAUUAGUCUAGAGGGUGUUUCAUUUAAUACUGCAGUUAAAAUCAUACAGAACUCUCCUGAUGAAGUGGAGCUCAUCAUCUCUCAACCCAAAGACAUGUAUGAAGAAGGAUUAAAUGAAGAAAAGAAUCUAUCAAGAGGAAACAGCACUAGUGGAUCUGAGAUCUCUUGUGUAGACAGUGGGAGAAAAAAGAUUCAGGAUUGUCAUACAGCUCUCCCCAAAGAACAGGACACAAAUACAGAUGAACUUGAAAAGACUCACUCUUGGAAUUUAGCAUCAAAAUUGGGCCCUAGGAUUCCAGUUCCUUCAGCUGAUAGCCUGGAUGUAGAGGCAGCUGAUCCUUCCCACUUACCAUCUCCAUCAGAAACCAACUCAAAGGAAGUCUACACGGUGGAGCUUGUUAAAGAAGAUGGGACCUUUGGAAUCAGCGUGACUGGUGGAAUUAACACCAGUGUGCGUCAUGGUGGGAUAUAUGUGAAGUCAAUCAUUCCCAGGGGACCAGCAGAUAAGGACGGACAAAUAAGGAUAGGUGAUCGUCUGCUGGAAGUAGAUGGCAUCAGCCUCUGUGGCAUCACCCACAAACAGGCUGUGGAACACCUUAAGAAAUCUGGCCAGAUUGCCAAACUGGUUCUAGAAAGGGGAAACUACCAAUUGGCAGAGCCUUGUCUGACUGCUAAUGACAGAAAGGAGGACCAAUGUGCAGUUGUUUCUGUGGCAACAUCCCUCACAGAUGGCACCAAGGACUGCUGCUUUUUGACAGAUGAUAACACAUUUGAAGUGAAAUUAACCAAGAAUUCUGGAGGCCUUGGAUUUAGUGUUCUGCAGACGGAAGGAGAUGCUUGUGAACACCUUGGAGGAGCUAUUGUCAGGAUCAAAAGACUGUUUCCAGGGCAGCCAGCUGAAGAGAGUGGAGAAAUUGAAGUUGGAGAUGUCAUUUUAGCUGUGAAUGGGAAACCUCUCAAAGGGCUCCUGUAUCAGGAUGUCCUGCAUUUGUUAAGAGGAGCUCCUCGAGAAGUUACACUGCUACUUUGCAGACCACCAAAAGGUGUUCUUCCAGAAAUAGAGCUGAUUGCUCUGACUCCAGCACCAUCUCCAGUUAAGGACUUUGUGGCAGAAAUGCCAGGCAGCACAGGGGCAGGAAACAGUAUGGAUCAAUCUACCAGUGAUGGAGGUAGCACCUCUCCAGACCUCGAAGACUGCCUUGAUUCUCCAGUGGGAGAAGAUUUCAGUGAGCCUCCUGAGGAUGACAGCUCAGCUUAUGAAGAGCAGGAAGCUGAGUUUCAAGAGAAACCCAUACAGAAACUCCCAACUUCCAGAGAAAGUUUCUAUAAGCAUCUUUGGAAGAUUCAUCAAGAAGCUUCCAGUUCUGAAGUCUUCCACUCUCUAGAGGAGGAAGUGAAGCAGAACUGCUACUCACCCUGUGAAUUUGGACAGGCCAAAAGCCACGUAUUUAAUAAGAGUCAUGAUGACCUAUUGAACACAAAAUGUAUGCCUGAAACUCUCUCUCUACCUCCUAUUGAUGAAGAGUAUCUCACUGUCAGCUCAAUGUCUGUGACCUCACUUCCACGAGGAGGAAGCUCCAAGACAGUCUCUGCAAUCACUGCGACCCCACAGCCACUUGUUUGUGGUCCCUCAUCAUCAUCCCUGCCUGCCGGAGAGAUACAUGACAGUGACAAUGAAUGGGAAGACUUGGAGGAACCAGGGGAAGAGAAGGAGGAAAAUGAAGAUGGCAUUCAGGAAAUGGAGAUCUUUGUGACUUUGACAAAGUCAGAGAAUAAUGGUUAUGGAUUCUCUGUAGUUUUAAACAAAAUGGACACCUGCCUGUAUGUUGAUGAAAUCUUGAAUGAUCCUGCCCUUUCUGAUGGAAGAUUGAGAAGGGGAGACAGAAUCAUUAUGGUGAAUGGAAUUGAUGUCACAUCUUUACCAUGCAAGGAAGUCCUGACUUUACUGCAAAGCUCUCCUCCAGAUCUGCACCUCGUGGUUGGUCGUGCUGACAGCGACCCGCGUCCCUCAAUUGGGCCAGAUGAGAUUCCUGAAAUUACUCUCACAAAGGGUGCCGAUGGACAGCUAGGUCCCUCCUCAGCUGUUGUAGGCCUCCUUUCCCAGUGGCACCAUGAAGACUGCAAGGCAUUUAAAUGUGCAGGCUUGAAGCUGACAGGAGGAGCUGGAAGCAAGUUACAAGGUAUUUAUGUGCUAGAGAUAGUGCCUGGCUCUCCUGCCAGUGUGGAAGGCAGUUUGCAGCCACGAGAUCAGAUUGUUUACAUCAGUGGACUGUGCACUGAGGGCAUUAGCCUGGAUGAUGCAGUGAGAGUAUGUGAAGCUGCCACCCAGAAUGUUCGAAUCAAAGCCACAAGAAAUGGCAAUCCAGUGGUUCCUAUAGAGCAGGACAAUAGGCCACCAGCUGAAACAGAAAAAGCCAAUAUUUCUUUGUCAAAUGAAAACCUGAACUCCCAGGAUCAGCAUCUGCUGCAUCAACAUGAGAAACAUUUGGAGGAAACAAACUGUGAUGCUCAGCAGAACACUCCUGAUUCUCCAGAAUGUAAAGACUUCAUUAUUAAGAUUGAGCUGGAAAAAGCUGAAAAUGGAAGCCUAGGUUUUGCACUGGUAGGUGGAAAAAAUGGCAGGGCUAUCCUAAUAAAAGCCAUCAGCCCGGACAGUAGUGCAGAUCUGGAUGGGAGACUUCAAGUUGGUGACAUCUUACUGAAGGUGAAUGAGACUUUUGUGUCUGGUCUGCCACGCCAAACAGUCACAGAUCUGCUGCGCAGGGCGCAAGGCACUGUUCAGCUCACUGUCUGCCGAAGCGUGGCUUUGCACUGGGCUUAUUCAGGCAACCAGAGCAACACAGCUUCCACUCCAAACACAAAAGCUGAGCCUGCAAGUGGUGGGAAAAGCCUGCAAGCCCAGCCUGUUUUCAGUUUCAAGGAAGAAGACUCCAACAGAAUGUGCAACAAGGAUGCAGAAAGAACAGACAAAUCUCCUCUGCAAGGUCAGCUGGCUAGACAAGACUAUCAGGACCUCAUCAGUAACAUUUCAGACAGGUCACAGAAAUGUGCAGAAUGUGAAAGCUGCAGAAGAGAAAAUCAACAGUCUGAGUCAGGCAGCUGGAACAAUGAAGAUGAUGUUAUGCCCCACAGGAUUCCUGUUCUACCUAGAAACAGAACCUUUGCUUCUGGAGAUGAACUGACUCAGUUAAUUAACUUGAAACCAUCACAGAGUGGAGUAGAUCCAAGGACUGGCAUAACAGGUCUUAUUCAAGGCCUUCAGCUGCGGAUUGAGAAUCAAGAGGUGCUAAAGGAGUUUAUGGCUUUAGAACAUGUGAAACCAAUAGAUGACUGCAGAACUGGCAAAGCACCAGAAAACCAGAAUAAAAACAGAUACCGAGAUAUCCUUCCAUAUGAUAAGACACGAGUUCCUCUGGGAGAAGAGAAUGGCUACAUUAAUGCAAGUUACAUUAGAAUGAAUGUUGGAGAAGAGGAACACUUUUAUAUUAUAACCCAAGGACCUCUUCCAUCCACUAUGGCUGAUUUCUGGCAAAUGGUCUGGGAGAGUGAAUCAGAUGUGAUUGCCAUGAUGACAAAAGAAGUGGAGCUAGGGCAAGUCAAAUGUCAUCGAUACUGGCCUGAAUCUCCCUAUGACUCUAAAGACCUGGCUAAUUUCUAUCUCAGGCUACACAAUUACCAGAUUCUGGAAUACUUCAUAAUUAGAAAAAUAGAAAUUAUCAACAAGCAGACAGAAGAAAAGCGCAUUGUAAGUCAUUUGCAAUUUACCACUUGGCCAGAACACAAUACUUCCAAACUCGCUGAGCAGCUUGUAAAAUUUAUUUGUUACAUGAGAAAAGCUCACAGGACAGGACCUAUUAUUGCUCACUGCAGCACUGGCAUUGGAAGAAGUGGAGUUUUGCUGUGUGUUGAAAUUCUUCUCAGCCAUAUAGAAAAAGAUUUAUGUUUCAACAUCAAGCAGAUAGUGAGAGAUUUGCGAGAUCAGCGUUUUGGCAUGAUCCAAACUAAGGAUGAGUAUUUAUUCUGUUAUGAAGUUGUGCUGGAAGUCCUUCAGAUCCUGCGAGCAAUGGAUUCCUACUGAAUAUGAUUCCUACAAUAUAACUCUUCCUGUUGCUAUUCCACUGGACUCCAGGGACUGCUCAGCAACUACUUUAAAGAGAUGUCAUGCCAGCACAGACAAGUGUUAUAUUAUAUGCUUUUUUAGAUUACAAAGUAAUUUAAAAACUUUGCUUAACAUGUCCUGUACAAGUCAUUUAUUUCUUGGCUCAAAGUAUGAAGAAACAGCCAGCCAGCACUGCAACACUGCUGUGUCAAACUGCUAUGGACAAUUUUUGCAUUCUGUGAAAUAACAUAUUCAUUGUUAGGAAUAUGUGUUGGGACCGUAGCAAGGAUAUAGCAGCCUUCAGAAUUAGCUUUACUAUCCAGAGGGCAACUAUAAAGAUCUAAGAUUUGAUUGGUGUUAGGGGAAGAUUAGUUGUCCCUCAUCUAUUGUUGUGCACUGUUUGCUUCUGGACUGCAAAUCAGUGUUUACUCCACCAGUUAUGCUUUUGCAUGGAAGGACUCAGUUUGGUGACCUUUGGUUGCUUGAACAACGUAGAACCAUUUCCAGCCCAUGAGUUUAUACCACUAUCACUAGACAUCUUAAAUAAAGAAAUUGACAGAAAAAAUAGGAUGCCUUUAAACCCUGGUCCUCUUCAAAGGAAGAGCAUUCUAAUAAUUAGAUGGAAUAUCUAUUUUUUCCAGCAAUAUGAACAGAUGUAGAUAGCAUUAAUACUUUCAUUCCACAUCCAUAGAAAAAGAAAUGCAAUACUAAGCCAGGUGAAACAACUGUGUGUGCAUUGUGGUACACACAUACAUUCCAUCUUUCCCUAAUCCUUUACCUUGAUUAACUAUCUUCUCAUUCUUACCUAGGAUCUGAAAUAUGACAUGUCCUGCUGGUUUCAGUAGGGGCUGAAUCAGAUCUUUAAAUUAAAGAGCUCUCUGUACAGUUUAUUUUUCUUGUAAAAAAGCGUUUUUGUUUGUGUGGGUGGAUUUGAACAGAAAUCUGCUGUUCAAGGUGUAAGAUUGUAUUUUUUUCCAUUUGUUGUACUUCUAUGUCCUUACCUAGAAGUUGACACAUGGAAGUGAUUAGAGAUGGAUUAGAAGAGUAACUUGUAAACAUAGGAAACUGAAACAAUCUAACUAAAUUGUAUAUAUUUUUAAAACUUCUUUGGUUUCUGCAAAAGAGAAAAGAUUAGGAGGCAUUGGGUAUAAAACUGCAGUUGAAACACGAAAAUAAAAUAACUAUUUAUUUUAUUACCUAUUACGAAUCAGAGGUUUAUGAUUCAGAAAGAAUGGGGCAUUAAAUAAAAAUUUAAAGUAUGGCUUUUAGAAAAAGCCACUGUAAUAUAAUUAUAAUUAGGGACAAGGCCUAUUUUUUCUUUCUGCCCUCCAAUGAUCUGAAGGCAGUCUCCAAUAUAGAAAUGCAAUUAAUUAUGUGAGCCAGAUGCUAAUUUCAAACUUAUUAAUAAAAUUCCAGAGCAAUGGUAAAUAAAUCCAGGAGUAACCCUGGAUUUAUAGUGAUAUAAACAUACACAGAACUCAAUGUUUUGUCCUAAAUUCAUUGAAUUUGGUCCUUCCUCAAAGCAUUACUCUCCAUGUAUUCUGCAUUUAUUAUCUUUACGUUGCAUAUUAUCUUUAUGUUGGAAAAUCUGCAAAUCUGUUCAUACAAUUUUGUCAAAUAUCAACAGCCAAUUUUUUUCUUGUAACUUUUUUACCUUCAUUUGGUAUUUGGCCUUUCCCUUUAAUUACUUCACAUGUACAAGACAAUCAAUGCAUUACACUGUAAUGAAUACACAAUUCAUCUUUUGUACCACAAUAAUUUAAUAAGCUUCCUAGUGAAAAUAUUCCUGUACUUUAUGCAAAGGUGUUUUUUUCCUGUAGCUUAGAACAAGUAUUCUGGACUUAGAAGACAAUCCUCCUAGGUCAUUAUUUGUACAUCAUCUUUGCAGCUGUUUGACAGAUGUGUUUGCUGUUUGACAUAAGUUUUUCCUGUUUUACAGAGAUAUUAAAAAGAUUUAUUAAAA